AUGGUGAUUUUGUCAACUAGUGGUCUUGCCAUUUUCGCAGGCUUGAGUCUUGCUACUUCAGCAGUACCUUCUCUCCAGAAGGAUGGCACCACCUGCACCGUUAUCCCUUUAGGAAACGGGCAGGAUGAUGUCCCCAACAUCCUUUCGGCAGUCGACCAAUGUGGUCAGACCUCUGGAGGAAGAAUUGUCCUCCCAGCGCCGUAUACUUACCGAAUUAACCAGCGGAUGACGACUCGCCUGACUGACUCCCGACUUGAAAUUGGUGGUACGCUUCUCUUCAGCGACGACAUUGAUUACUGGGUGAACAACUCCUAUCGGGUAGACUUUCAGAACCAGUCAAGUGCCUGGCGUAUCACGGGCCAUGACUAUACUGUGGAUGGAGGUCCUCUUCAAGGUGGAGUUGAUGGGAAUGGGCAGCUGUGGUACACUUGGGCCAAGGGAGGUAGCAACAUCUUUGGACGACCCAUGCCAGUGCAUGUGUUCCAGUCGACGCGAGCAACCCUCGGUAACCUGGCGAUCCGACAGCCCCAGUUCUGGGCCGUUCUUGUCGAUUCCUCUUCGUAUAUCAACCUCGAUAAUUUUUACGACGAAUGGGUGCAGAAUACGGACGGGAUCGAUACGUACCGGUCCGACCAUAUCACCAUCACCAACUGGAUAUAUCAAGGCGGAGAUGAUGCAGUGGCUUUCAAGGGAAAUUCUACGAACAUCCAUGUGGAGAAUGUCACGGUUUACGGCGGGCCGGGUAUUGCUUUUGGUUCGCUAGGACAAUACCCCGACCGGACGGAUAUUGUGGAGAAUGUGACGGUUCGCCAUGUUCAAGUACAACCUUCCUUUCAACGGGCGAUGAAUUCCGGAGUCUACUUCAAAAGCUGGAUUGGGGUCAACUAUGGCGUUCCUCCAAAUGGUGGCGGAGGCGGCCAUGGAUACGUGCGCAACGUGACAGUCGAGAACCUUCGACUGAAGAACGUCCAAUUACCUGUGUAUAUUGACACCUGUCUGAGCUACCUCUUCAGCGAAAACAUCACGCAGUACUGUGACACGUCGACGUAUGAGUUCAAUGAUCUACAUUUUAAGAAUAUUAGUGGAAAUGGACUCGCAACGGUGACGGAUUAUCCGGGAAAGAACAUCAGCUUCGCCGUGUCUUUGCUUUGUUCCGAAAAGGCACCGUGUACAGACCUCACUUUCCGGGACAUCAACAUCAAGCUUCCCACGAAAUAUACUGGAAAAUAUGUACUGUGCGAAAAUGCAGAGGUGCAAGGACUCCGAUGCAAUACAUAA